AUGCCUGAACAAGCAAGCAAGUCAAGAAAUUCAUCCCAUUUAAUUGGGGGCUUCCUUGGUGGGUUAACAUCUGCCGUGGCAUUGCAACCAUUAGAUCUUUUGAAGACGAGAAUUCAACAAGACAAGAAGGCUACAUUAUGGAAGAAUUUAAAGGAGAUAGACAACCCCCUACAGUUAUGGAGAGGGACUUUACCAUCAGCAUUACGAACGUCGAUAGGUAGUGCUUUGUAUUUAUCAUGCUUGAAUAUUAUGCGGUCAUCUUUGGCAAAGAACAAACAUAGCAUAUCUUCGUUAGGAAAUAAUUCAAAUGUUGUAUAUAACAAGAGUAGCAGCUUACCACAGUUAACAAUGUAUGAAAACCUAUUAACAGGUGCAUUUGCAAGAGGCCUAGUGGGCUAUAUAACCAUGCCGAUUACUGUCAUUAAGGUCCGCUAUGAGUCUACUCUGUACAACUACCGCAGCUUAAAUGAAGCAAUCACCCACAUAUACACGAAAGAAGGGCUCUUUGGGUUUUUCAGAGGGUUUGGUGCUACCUGUUUAAGAGAUGCUCCCUAUGCUGGCUUGUACGUACUACUAUAUGAAAAAUCGAAACAGUUGCUUCCCAUGAUUUUACCCACUAGAUUUAUACACUAUAAUCUUGAAGGGGAAUUUACAACUUAUACUUCCACAACAAUAAACACAACGAGCGCAGUAUUAUCUGCUAGUCUAGCCACCACGGUAACAGCACCGUUCGACACUAUAAAGACGAGAAUGCAACUAGAACCAUCAAAAUUCACUAAUUUCUUCAAAACAUUUACAUCUAUUGUUAAAAAUGAAAAUUUUUUGAAGCUAUUUAGUGGGUUGAGUAUGAGAUUGACAAGAAAGGCCUUGAGUGCCGGUAUUGCAUGGGGUAUUUAUGAAGAGUUGGUUAAAAGAUUCAUGUGA